GCGGGCUGCGGGGUUAUUAGAGGUGGAGCGCGGGGAGGGCGCGCGGCAGGAGGCUGCCGCCGUUACGGCGCGAGCGUGGUCACGUGGCCGCUGGUCACCGCCGCCACCCCCUCCCACCCUGUUCUCUUUCAGGUCGGGCCGGGCCCGGCCGGUUCCGCGAGCGCCUGGCAGACUGAGGGAGAGAGAGAGAAAGAGGAGGGGAGGAGGAGGAGGAUUCAGGGAGUAGGAGCUGGGGAGCACUUCCGCGCCACAGAAAAUUUCAAGACUUGGUUAAGAUAGGAAAACUGUCAGAAAGGCCAAACCACCAUAAUAUUGUUGAUGCUAUUUUUCCAGCUGCUCAGUUGAGGGAAAACUUGGCUGGUCUCUAUUUCUUGAUUCUUCUUCAAUUCCUGUUUGCCUACCAAGACUUGUAUUUGGAGAACUCUAUCAUAUUGAGGGUGAAGUCAACUUAGAACCUAUAAGAACAUGCCUUCUCAAGUGUCAGCUAGAUUUAUGGACCAGUAAAGUUAUUCUGAAAGGUUGAGUACUUCCCCGAUAUCUGCAUCUUGAUCUCAGGAGAACUCUGAAACCAUAUGAGGGUACGUUAGGUGAUAUCGUGCACUUCUCACCAUGUAUCAUUCCUUAUCUGAAACCAGACAUCCUCUACAGCCAGAAGAACAAGAAGUGGGCAUUGACCCUUUGUCCAGUUACUCUAACAAGUCUGGAGGAGAUUCAAAUAAAAAUGGAAGACGAACAAGUUCUACUUUAGACUCUGAGGGGACUUUUAAUUCCUAUAGGAAAGAAUGGGAAGAACUAUUUGUAAACAACAAUUACUUGGCAACAAUAAGGCAGAAGGGGAUUAAUGGGCAGCUGAGAAGCAGCAGGUUCCGCAGCAUUUGCUGGAAGCUAUUUCUUUGUGUUCUUCCUCAAGAUAAAAGUCAAUGGAUAAGUAGAAUUAAAGAAUUAAGAGCAUGGUAUAGCAACAUUAAAGAAAUACAUAUUACAAACCCAAGGAAGGUCGUUGGCCAGCAAGAUUUGAUGAUCAAUAAUCCCCUUUCACAGGAUGAAGGGAGUCUUUGGAACAAAUUCUUCCAAGAUAAAGAACUUCGAUCAAUGAUUGAACAAGAUGUUAAAAGAACGUUUCCUGAAAUGCAGUUUUUCCAAGAAGAAAAUGUGAGAAAAAUUCUUACAGAUGUUCUUUUCUGUUAUGCUAGAGAAAACGAGCAGUUGCUUUAUAAACAGGGCAUGCACGAGCUGUUAGCACCUAUAGUCUUUAUCCUUCACUGUGACCAGCAAGCUUUCCUACAUGCCAGUGAGUCUGCACAGGCCAGUGAGGAAAUGAAAACUCUCUUGGACCCUGAAUAUCUGGAACAUGAUGCCUAUGCGAUGUUCUCACAACUUAUGGAAACUGCUGAACCUUGGUUUUCAACUUUUGAGCAUGAUGGUCAAAAGGGGAAAGAAACACUGAUGACUCCCAUUCCCUUUGCUAGACCACAGGAUUUAGGGCCAACAAUUGCUAUUGUUACUAAAGUCAACCAGAUCCAAGAUCAUCUGCUGAAGAAACAUGAUAUUGAGCUCUACAUGCACUUGAACAGACUAGAAAUUGCACCACAGAUAUAUGGGUUACGAUGGGUGCGGCUGCUGUUUGGACGAGAGUUCCCCCUGCAGGAUCUUCUGGUGGUCUGGGAUGCCUUGUUUGCAGACGGCCUCAGCCUGAGUCUAGUCGAUUAUAUCUUCAUAGCCAUGUUACUCUACAUCCGAGAUGCCUUGAUAUCUAGUAACUACCAGACCUGUCUCGGCCUUCUGAUGCAUUACCCACUCAUCGGGGAUGUACACUCACUGAUUCUUAAGGCUCUGUUCCUUAGAGACCCAAAGAGAAAUCCAAGACCAGUGACUUAUCAAUUCCACCCAAACUUAGAUUAUUACAAAGCAAGGGGAGCAGACCUCAUGAAUAAAAGCCGGACCAAUACUAAAGGUGCUCCUCUGAAUAUAAAUAAGGUCUCUAAUAGCCUGAUAAAUUUUGGAAGAAAGUUGAUUUCCCCAGCGAUGGCUCCAGGCAGUGCUGGUGGCCCUGUACUAGGGGCCCAAAGCAGUAGCUCCUCCUCCGCUGUGAUUCCCGCCAGGACUUCAGCAGAGGCCCCAAGGCAUCACUUGCAGCAGCAGCAACAGCAGCAGCAGCAGCAGCAGCAGCAGCGGCUGAUGAAAUCGGAAAGCAUGCCUGUGCAACUGAACAAAGGAGAUGUAGUUACAGGAAACGAUGCUCAGGUUUCUGUUCCUGUCCAGACGCUAACUGACCUCCAAGGGCAAAGUUCUAAAAACAUCAGUUCAUCUCCAAGCAUUGAGAGUUUGCCUGGAGGAAGAGAAUUCACUGGCUCCCCACCUACAUCUGCUACUAAAAAAGAUUCCUUUUUUAGCAACAUCUCUCGUUCUCGCUCACACAGCAAAACUAUGGGCAGAAAAGAAUCUGAAGAAGAAUUAGAAGCCCAAAUUUCCUUCCUUCAAGGACAGCUGAAUGACCUGGAUGCUAUGUGCAAAUACUGUGCAAAGGCGAUGGACACUCAUCUUGUAAAUAUUCAAGAUGUGAUAUUACAAGAAAAUUUGGAAAAAGAAGAUCAAAUUCUGGUUUCCCUGGCAGGAUUAAAACAGAUCAAAGACAUUCUAAAAGGUUCCCUGCGUUUUAACCAGAGCCAGCUAGAGGCGGAGGAGAAUGAGCAGAUCACCAUCGCGGACAACCACUACUGCUCCAGCGGCCAGGGCCAGGGCCAGGGCCAGGGCCAGAGCGACCAAGUGCCCGGGGCCACCAAGCAGGCCUCUGCAGAAACGCCAGCGUGUGCAGAUAGAGGGAGUUCAGAUGACUUCAUCCUGGUUUCCAAAGAAGACAAUGGGGGCAGUGCCAGAGGGCCCUUCUCGGGCCAGGCCCAACCUCUGCGCACCCUCAGAAGCAUGUCUGGGAGAUGCCAGCCCCCAGCCUGCUCCCCACUGGUGUUCUCAGACCCACUGAUGGGCCCGGCCUCAGCUUCCUCCAGCAACCCCAGCUCCAGCCCUGACGACGACAGCAGCAAGGACUCUGGCUUCACCAUCGUGAGCCCCCUGGACAUCUGACUGCCGUGCCCCAGCCCUGCCUCACAAGCAUCUAGCCACCCCCUCAGUGGCCCAAGGCCAGGCUGAGGCGCCCCCAGCGGAGACCCCUCUGAAACCAAUGCUUCUUCCCAGCAUGCAUUUGGCAUUGGUACAGCCCAUUGGACCCUUUAGAGAGAAGCAAAUAUGGCCACAAAGCACAGACUUACCUUCACCAAAUGCAGACAGGGCCCUCCAGGCCCUUACGUAACCCUCACCCGCCCUUGCUCUGAGUGGGAGCUGGAUUAAGUACCCAGUAUCACACUCACAAUCAGAAAAGACCAAGCCACAAUUAGAAUCACUUCCUCUGCCCCCUUCUCCCUGACUAAGAAGGUACGGCAACUCCAUUGAUUAUAUCAAUAUUUAGGAAAAGGAGGAAGAAUUGGUUUCAAAUCUUCCCUCCCUCGAAGCAUCAGGCAUAGGAAAAUUGUUUGAUAUCAAGAAGCUUCCUCUGUGGGAAUCUGUGUCUCAACCUACCUGAUUCCUACACUGGGAAGCCAUAUCACAGAGCCAAAUGCAAAUAGAAGGAACUAGAACCAGUGGAUUCUAGGGCUGGAAAAAACCAUUACUGACCUCUCAAAGUUACAGUGCUCUUUAGAAACAGACUAAACUUAGGAGUCAUAUUUAGGUGUGAUGUGGUGUUAGAUCUUUUUUCGAUUUGUUAAAGAAUACAUUCCCAGUCCUCAGGCUGAAUUGACUUUGGUCGUCACUGUCCCUCCUUAAAUAAUUAUAUUUCACUAUUAGAACCGUUCACAGCCAGAAAACAUGGUCACUUUAAGCCAGUCUUUGCUGCACUGAUUUCAAAAGUUGUAAGAAUAUUACUAUCCUUGAACUGGAAAAUGUGACCCUGACUUGAUGGGAUAAAUAUCUUUCAGAUAGUAAAUUUUCUGGUUAAGUUUCUCUAGGUUCAGCUCUGUACAUACCUAUCAACUGAGGAGUAAAGGGAAAACCCAAGCUCAUUCCCAUCCAGAGUCAGAAUCCCACCCUGGCCUUCAGGUAGGAGGAACAGGGAGAGACCCGGAGUCCUUCUGUGGGAACAAGGCUUCCGAGACGACAUUCCAGACGCCAGGAGGAUGCAGGGUUUGCACACAGCCCUUCCCCGGCUGGGAGCCGAGUGGGGAGCUGCGGGCGUGCUCAGCUUGGAGCUCUGCGUCCGUAGCACCACUGCCGGGACGGGUCUGACGUGCGGUGCCUCCUCGGGCCUCUGCGCAGAUUAGAGAUUCUCCCCCUUGACAGUCAGAAGCUUGGGAAACCGUGGUGGGCACAGGGCAUCGCAUGAGCUGUUUCUGUCCUUAGAGGAGGAGCUCCCUGGAAAGGACGCUGCGCUCACCUUUGCCUGAGCAGGAAUAAGACAGGAAUGGGCGGCCGCUGCAGGGAGACACGGCACCUGCUCCUGCUUCAGGCAGGGCAGCCCUUGCUGGCCGAGCUGGCUCUUGGAGCCUGUCCUCAGGACAGCAAGGCCUCUGGCGCUGGACGCUUCAUAAUAACAAAUGAAAGCGAAGUGAGAGGGAAUCCCUUUACGUCCUUCCCACGGCCAACCGCGUAUCUCUACAGACAAAUGGGACAGUGACGUGAUUUCCCUCUCACUGUCCAAGAAAAUGGUGAUGACUCUCGAGUCAGCUACUACAGAGAGGGUUCUGAUUCGCUCUGCAAUUUGUCCUUAAACUCGAGCAGGGAGGUCUGCUCUUACCACCUCAGUGUGUAAGGGCGAGCAGCUGCGCUGGCGUUGCGGAUGACGGGCUGCCUGGCCUUCCCCAUCGGGCAGCCGCUCGGCAGACUCGCUCGUGAGCUCCCUGCUCCUGACCGAGUUGUCCUCUCAGCACCUCCAAGGUGCUGCCGAGUACACGCCCACGUGGCGGCACUUUGUGAGCCCCAGGGCCCCCAUGCAGUGAGUGGCCUUAGAACUGUCCGGGGGUGCCACUGGGUACUUUCUCACGAAGGACUUGGCUUGGGGAGGUGCUGGUGUUUUCGAGUCUAAGGUGAGAAGUGUGGAGCUGUCCCCUCUAGAGGAGAGACUGGAAAGGACCACAGAACUGCCACCUUCUGGCAGCUGGGCGCUGUUGUCUGCGCCUCUCGCAUUUCCUCUGCCCUGAGAGGUCGAGUCACGAGGGCUGAGUGUCAGUGGCCACACAGGAGUCGCUGCGCACCCACCACGCCAAUAAGGCUCUCGGCUGGUUCCCUGCAGCUGGCUGGGUGUUAACGGUCACUGAACGCUCCCAGCCCUGCCCACACGCCGGGGACAGGUCCUCUCCAUGCAGUGCUGCUGUGUUGGUGCCACAUGCGGACCAGCGGGCUCCCCCAGAGGUGGCGUUUGUGUGGCCCCUCCUUGGGGGAAAGAGACCCGCGGGGCCCCAGACACAAGCCGUUCCCACACAUUCACAUUCAGAGAAUCGCAUUACUGUCCUGUCUUUUCUAAGUGACUUUUUUUUAUUCUUCAUAGUUGAACAUUGUUUGCAUUUUUAUGAGUUACAGUGCUAUUAAAGAAUAUGUGUUCCUUUUUUUUAUUUUAUCAAGUACUUAUGUUUAAUUGCACAUUUAAAAAGUCCUGAAUAUAUGAAACCUCUUUGUUUUUCCUUAACAAAUGUGGUAAUCAGUGGAACCCCUCUUGUGCUUUGAUUAUCAGCAGUUAAGUACAUCUUAUAUAUGUAAAGCUUAGAUUAAUUCCCAUUGUCAACUACUCUUUUAAUACAUGCGCCUGUGUGUUUCAAGCAUUCCUCUAUGAUUAUAUUGGAAAUUUCAGUUAAAAUGUAUCUGUGAACAUGACAUGAGAGUCACAGACUAGAGAAAGGGAGUCGUCGUCGUUACUUGCCUUACCCUGUGUGUAUGCCAAGGGGUCAUAUAACACUUCAAGCAUUUAAUUAUACUGGAUUAUGCUUCCAAAGACGGCCUCCUGCUAAUGUUUAGUGGUGACUGCAAUCUGAAAAAAAAUAAUAUCACUGCAGAAUGAAUGUGACUGUAAAAAUAAGCCAAGACGUCCCUGGGACUCGCCUCCCCUGCCUAUGACCGAGCUGAAUCUCCUUCGGCCGUCAGUCCCCGGGCAGCGCUGAGGAAGCCGCCCCAGGGUCUGGUCGCCUGCCCUUAACAGGAAUGCUGCCUUUACUUUGUCAGAACGCCGAACAAACGUCAACCUCGGUGACAGCUAUGCUGUCUCCUGAUGAAAACCUGCCAUAGUUGAUCCAAAUUUACUAUUUUGUCUUUAUUGAAUUGUUGUUUAAGAAACUGCCCCCAGGGUUCAUUACGGGACAGAAGCGUGUCUGGAGGACUCUGUCCCCACGUGCUGAGUGGCCGCCCUGUGGAGCCAUGGCCAGUUCCGUCCCUCCUCCCCGGCCCCUGCGUGUCCAGAGCAGGAAGGCCGGGAGCAGGGAGAGGGGCCGGACGGAUGGAGGCAGCAACUGGCCGGCCAGGCUUCCUUCUCAAAGGCCAGCCCGCUGUCGCAGUGUUACUUUGAAAGGCUCUCUUUUUAUAGUGUUGAAAAGAAAUGUAAAGUUCAUCUAAACAGGCUUGAGACCACUUCAGUGUAAAAGCUGUCAUCAUAAUUUUUCUCACAAUGGCACAAUCGGUCUGAUUGAUGGAAUACCCAGUUGUGCCAUUUAUAUCCUAUCGCUUUUUUCUCAUCCAUCUUCAUGCUCUAACUCACAUUGGUUUAAGAAAUGAUUUAUCCUUUUGGCAAAGUGAUCCCAUUCUCUAUGGUUAUAAUAAAAGACUAAUGUGAAACUGA